UAAGAUAAUUUAAGGACCAGUUCUCCUGUGUACGAGAUGGGUGCUUGUGGUGAGUGUGUGUGUUUUGGGAGGCUGCGGUAUAUCUUUGUUCGUUUCCUGGUGGUAGCCCGAGAUGAUACUGACUUUAUAGCGCUGCCUCACUGAAGUAUACUACCGAAGCCACACAGCAGGACAUCCUACUCGGUCAUACUAUACUGACAGCAGACGAAUCAAUCGUUUCACUUCCAAAAGUGCUGAGCGCUAAGUAGGAGAAGCAACUAUCGUUUUUAAAGACUCUGGUAUGUUUCGGCAUGGGGACAGAAUUCAAUGCUCAACUUAAAGGCCAAAAGUGAGGUAGUGUAGGAGAUACAUACGAAAGAAUAAAGUUGCUAGAAAUAAGAUAUAGGAAUAUUUAGUAGCCUCUUGCAGGGAUGGUAGCAUCAGGUACAUUUCGGGAUUGCUGAUAAACACACUUCCAUAUUUAGGACCCAUAUUUAGGUCCCGGAUGUGUUUGGUGAUACAUACACACCUCCAUAUUUAGGACCCGGAUGUGUUUGGUGAUAGAUACACACCUCCAUAUUUAGGACCCGGAUGUGUUUGACGAUAGAUACACAUCUCCAUAUUUACACAGUUUCCCGCCUUACGUAAACGACUGAGCACUCAAUCAGAAAGUCAUGCGGGCUGGUUUUGUGCAUUAAAUAGACAACAAAUCUAUCCUCACCACAUAACACAUCAGAGAUGAUUACAAGGAAAACACUUUUCGCUGUCUGGAUUACUCUCCUAUCAUGCUGUAUACCUAUGCUGAGUGGCCAAGGCGGGGGCUUCACAGGUUUCCUUGACAAUUUCUCAACCGUGAGUGGAGCCAUGAACGCAUUCCAGCCCGCACCAGCAUCAUCGGGCUCUUUAGAAUGGCCAACAUCCAAUGCCUUCCCUUCGGACCAAACUGGAACCGGACCACGGGAACAGCAGCAUGCACACCACGGGCAUGGUCACGAGGGGCAUGCAGGUCAUAACUCAGGGGCAACGACAGGUCACUCUAAUCACGAGCACGUUGGAAACCCUGUCGGCAUUAAUCAAUUCGUUUCCGUUGAUACACCUUCUUCUCAAACUCCAACUCGGGAGGAGCUGCUUGAAACGAGACGUAGACAGGAAUGGGAUCGAAGGAAUGGUAUCGGUGCAGACGCAUUUGUCUCUGACCCGCAACCUGUUGAAUCAAACCAUCAACACAAUCCAUCCGGGAAUCCAAUGACCGUGGAUCACGGACCCCGGUCUGGACCUGGUGUUCCACCAACAGAUCCUUCCCAAAUUGGGCCAACUUCAAAUCCAGGGUUGGAUCCUUCUAAUCCUAAUUUAACCCGGGAACAAAGACGCGAACUCCGACGCCAAGGAAGGCGGGAUCGCAGAAGAAACAGAAACAGGAAUAACCUUGACCCUUCCUCGACAACUGGAACAGAAGGAGACACGCCUAUGACUCGUCGAGAGCGGAGGAGACAGGAACGACAGGAACGCUUACAACAAAGAUGGGACAGACAAGAACGGCGUCGAUUGGAACGAUUAGGACAAGGUCCUCAAGAUCCUCAAGGUUCUGCAGGUCCUCAAGGUCCUCCGGAUCCUCCAGGUCCUGCAGAUGCACACGUUCAUACCACUGAGCCCGGAUCUACAUUAGACCAACGACCAAGACGACGAAACAGGAACCGAGGGACGGAACUGGAAGAGAAAUAGGAAUAAUGAAGGUCCAAACACAGAUACUGUAAGUCCAGUGGUAGCGCCGGAGGUGAUCGGCACAGCAAAUAAUGGUGCUCCGUCUUUAAUAUCAGCUCAGGAACAGAAUUUAUUGUCGCCUCAAACUCUAGAAUGGCUUCAGCAAGAACGUUUACAAGCUAUAGAAAGAGCAAAACUGGCAGAGAAGAAUGCUAAAAAAUUGGCAGCAAAACUCGCUGCAGAACAGGCAGCCGAGGACGCACGUUUAAUUGCAGCACAAAAGGCAAAAGAAGCUGCCAGAAUGAAGGCAGAAGCGGAAAGGAAAGCUAGGGAACUAGAAGUUUUGAGACAACAACAGGAACAGGAAAGACGUCUAGCAGAAAUGAGAGCAAAGGUCCUUGCUGCGGAAAAAGCUGCAGAGAACGCUCGCCUUUUUGAAAUGCAAAGAGCUAAAGAGGCUGCUGCCAGGGAGGCAGACAUACAAAGAAUAGCUAGAGAGAAGGAGGCAGAAAGACAACGUCUGGAGCAGGAAAGGAUUCGAGCGCAACUUGCAAGAGAAGAAAGGGCACGUCAAGAGGCCGAAGCAAGGGCUAGAGAGCUAGCGAGACAGCAGGAAAGACAACGGCAAGAACAGGAAAGAGCUCGCCAAGAAGCUGAACACAGGGCUAGAGAACUGGCAAAAGAACGUGCCCGGUUAGCUGAACUUGAACGACUGAAAAGAACAACGACGACUACACCGGCCCCGGUAGUAGUCAAUCGAAGGCGACGACGGCGGCGUAGGUUAUUCCGGAAUAUUAAAAAACUGUUUGGGAAAUGAUCUAGAGAAUAAUAUAAAAUACCAACAUUUACCGUGAGAUAAUGAUACACUUGACAUGUGACACAUACUGCUGGACAGCAAAGGACACAUUCAGUUUUUGUUUCAUACAAUUCUUAUUUCAUGGUGAGCUGAGUGACAAGAUUAGUGUCUUUAAGCAAUAAAAACGUGUUUUUUGUUCACAUACGGAUAAUUGAAUCGCUAACGCAAUGCAUGUUACCUUCUUCCUCGCUAGCAUUUACAGUGUACACUGUUGUGAUUGAUGAGGGAGAUGGAUUUUUGUAACUAAUAUUUAUGGGGUUUUUUUUGGCUGAAGGAUUAUAGAAUGAAACUUGGAUUAAAAAUGUAUAUUAGCGGUGGCCUUGACCUCAACUAUGACCACAAACCUUUACGGAAUAAAGCCGUUAGAGUGCUGA